AUGGCCCUUGGUGGUGGUGUUGCCCCUCAUGGUUGCUCUCAGCCGCGGAUGACAGCGACAGAGGACAGGACACCUGGACAACUCUUGCAGUUGAUGCCAUUGAGGAACUACUGCAAGCGGACGGCCGACCCCGGUGUCGACAACCUCAAAGGAGCCAACCGAAGACUCGCCUCGCUGAGCUUGCCUUGUGGCCUGGUUGUCCGGCUAUCGACUGGCACUGGCUCUGAGGGUUUGGGGUACUAUGUAAAUCUUGUCGGGACGUGA